AGGAAAAGAAUAAUACCAAGGGAGUCUUUGAAACCUCAAAAAGUCAAUGGUAUAGGCUUCUCCCUAUACUUUUCAGUUUUUAAACAUCGAAAGAGACCUUCAAUAGAAGUUCUAAUUCUGGUUUAAAUACCCCUCAACAUGGCCUUUCAACCCACUCCUAUGGACAUCGCUGCUCUCAUUACAGUUGCCCCGGGCAGCGGGGGACCAGCAACAGGAGAUACGGUGUCAUACGCCUCAGAGCGUCGCAUAACCCCGACGUGGACCGUGUCACAGUUAAAAGCUAAACUGGAGACUAUGACUGGGAUUCCACCAUCCAACCAGAAACUUAAGUUGAAGUCUCCUGGCAGAGAAGACCGAUGGGUCGAGGGAGACGAUCAAUUAGUUGGUGAAUGGGGUCUGGCAAGAGGAUGCGAGUUUGAGGUCCAUGAUACCCGGCCUCCAUCAGCGCGCCCAAAUUUCACCGAUCUCUCCACAGUAGAAAAAUACGCACUGCCGACCUCAACCUACGAAAGCCUCCCGAACAGCGUCCUAUCAUGGAAAAAAAAUCAAAAGCUGGGUCGUUUCGACCCAACAACUCCCUCCCCUGAACAAACCCUUAAGCAGCAAGUGGAGAAGGACCAACAAGAGAUUAAACAGAGAGGUAUCGAGCUCUCCAAGCGCGCCAUUAUCCUUCCCUCCGACCCGCCCCAUAUCCGCCGCGGGACCAUACGUUUCAUCGGACCUGUACCUACCAUUCCUUCUCCGCGAGUCAAAUCAUCGUCAUCAGAAACUGCAGAAACCGAAGUCAAAGGCGAAAAAGGAGAAGAAGAGGAAAGAGGAAAGGAAGGUGAUGAUGAUGUCCAAACUACCACAGAGCCAUUGGCACCAAUCUGGGUCGGCAUCGAACUUGAUGAGCCUACUGGAAAAAAUGACGGGUCGGUGGGAGGGCGCCGAUAUUUCAGUUGUUUGGAGAAGAGAGGCGUGUUUGUGAAGCCGGAGAGAGUUGAGGUGGGCGAUUUCCCGCCGUUAGAUUUGGGGUUGGAGGAUGAAGAUAUGGAGGAGAUUUAAGGGGUUAUUUUCGUCUUUGUUUUUGGAGUUUGGCUUGAAAGGAGCGAAUGGAAUGGGGAGAAUUGAUACAUGUAUAUCUGACUGUGUGGAGAUCAGUUAUGAUAGGAAUCCAGGGAGCUUGUUUACUAAAAGGAUGAGAUAAGUCACUAUGAUAGCUACAUGAACCAGGUUUGAUUUUGAG